CCUUAUUAAGAUAGGUUGAACUCUCUCUGACUGUCAAAUCGCUUCGCUAGCAAGUGUUAGCCAGAUUUGAGCGAAACUACGGUGAAAGGAAUGGAAAACUAAAGUGUAUCAGUUGGACAGCAGUAAAGGGCCUAUGGAGUAGGGCCUACAUAUCAGGACAGCUCUACAAGUGAUGAACCUAAACCCUUUCUGGAGUAUGUCUACUAACACAAGCCGCAAGCAGCAUAGGUCUGACAAUGAAGAACAGGGUGGACAUGGGGACCACAGAAGCAGUCCAGCUCGUCUGUCAUUUGGUAAAAAGCAGCUCCCUGCUAUUCCCAAGAAUGCAGUCCCCAUCACAAAGCCACCCUCAGCUACAAUCCCUGUGCAGUCAACAAAUGGCACUCACGCCUCCUAUGGCCCCUUUUACUUGGAGUACUCACUAUUGGCAGAGUUUACACUAGUGAUUAAACAGAAGCUCCCAGGAAUUUAUGUUCAACCAUCCUACAAGUCAGCCCUGAUGUGGUUUGGUGUCAUUUUUAUCAGACAUGGCUUGUACCAGGAUGGCGUCUUCAAAUUCACUGUGUAUAUUCCAGACAACUAUCCUGAUGGAGAGUGUCCUAAAUUAGUUUUUGACAUCCCUGUCUUCCAUCCACUGGUUGAUCCUGUAUCAGGAGAGCUUGAUGUAAGAAGAGCUUUUACCAAAUGGAGGCGGAAUCACAACCAUAUCUGGCAAGUCCUAAUGUAUGCACGUACUAUUUUCUAUAAGAUCAACACCACAGAACCACUUAAUCCAGAGGCUGCUGUUCUAUAUGAAAAAGAUGUGCAACUUUUCAAAAGCAAAGUCGUAGAAAGUGUAAAACUAUGCAACAGUCAUCUUUUUGACCAACCUAAAAUAGAUGAUCCAUAUGCAAUAAGUUUUUCUCCAUGGAACCCUGCUGUUCAUGAGGAAGCUAAAGAACGAAUGUUUGCAUAUAAAAGACGACCUGAGGAGCAGCACAAGGGAACGCAGGUGUCAGGAUUGUCUUGGGUGAAGCCUGGAUCGACUCAACCAUUCAGUAAAGAAGAUAGUCCCCCACAAAGCUGAGACUGCAGUUUUAAUCUGUGGCCACUAGAUGGAGGUACUGGCAUAAGAUGCUCUGCUACAGCUAGUUGUAUGGACUGGGUCCUUCAGUGGGAGCUUUCUGCUAUUGUUCAGCUUUAAAAGCGGUUUUAGGGAUAUUUUCAACCAGCUUUAUUAUAAGGAUACAAAGUCUAUAAUUUGUAAACUUUGACAGAUGGAUGUUGCUUGAAGGCAAUAAUGCAAUCAAAGAUCAUCUUUCUUAAGAUUUUUUUUUUUUUUUGGUUGGUUACCUAAAUCUUGUUAUUCAGAUUGGUUUAACACGUGUUAGUUACUGGUCUAUAAAGGUUGCCUGACACAGUUUCUCAACAUCUGUGGCUGUACAGCUGACAAGUGUUUUUGUUUUUUGUUUUUGGUUUGUUUGGGUUUUUUUAAAGAAAAUUUUCUUUUACUGUGUAAAACUUUGUCUUACAUAGUUUAUAAUAUAUAAGUCAGAGUGAAAUUGGAGGAUUUUAAAUGUGUUUAAAUAAGUGUGUGUAUUUUAUUUUUUAUUUUAAAUCUGUCAUUGGCUUAUGACUAUUAAAGUUUUGUAUAUAUACAGUUAAAAUGUAUUUUGCAUCAAAGUUUAGAUUUUACAGAUCUUCCUGGCUAGCAUUCUCACCAUGAAUGAACAGUUUGGUUAUUUGGGACAAUUAGAAAGUAUUUUCAUACAUUUUAGUUACUUGCAGAUUUAUAAGUUCACAAUCUACUAUGGAAGGCCUUUGCGCCUCCUUCAUUUUUAAAAUCUAUUGCAAUCUACUGCUCAAGAACAGAUUCCAGUAGGCCUAAUGCUGGAGGUUAAAAAGACCUACUCUUUGCAUAUCCCCUUUUAAAUUAUGUUAAGGAAAACUAGCUUUAAUCUUUUGUUAACAUGACAAAAUCGGUGCAUCAAGUACUGCUGAAAGGGGUACACACUGUAUUGCUUCAUCCAACAUAACUGUUAGGUUGUAUAAUUUUUUUUUUUUUUUUUUUUAAGUCAAUAAAGGGCAAACUGGUUCCAA